CACUCUCAGUCUUGUUGUUCCUCUUUCGACGCAUAAGUGUUUGACUAAGCUUAGAUUGAAACACGUUUCUAUAAAACAUGGGAAAAUUAGAUUCAUACCAAGUUAAUCGAAAGGAACAGCUUUUGACUGCACUCAACAAACUCGGUGAAGGUUCCACUUUCCUUUACAUGAUUUUCAUUUUAACGACGAUACCAACAAUUUUUAAUGGAAUGCAUUCUAUGGCUUAUAUUUUCAUAGCCGAGAUUCCUGUUCAUUGGUGUUCCAUAUCAAUUCUUACUUCAGCUAAUUGGACUAAUGAUCAAAUAAGAAAUAUUUCAUCCGCCAGUCCUUGCACCCAAUACGAUUAUGAUUACGAUCAUUUUGCAAAAAUAGGUUUUACAGAAGCUCUUAAGCAUAAAAACGAAAAUCCAACAGUAAAAAUUACUGAAUGCAAGGUUAGAAGUUUUGAACAAAACAUAGAAGGUACUUCUCUCGUUGAAGAUUGGGACCUCGUGUGCGACAGACUAGCUGAUAGAUCCACCAUCCAGAUGAUGUUCUCGCUUGGAAAACUCUUCGGAAGUGUAUCGUCCGGUAUUAUUUCCGACAAGUUUGGUCGAAAAUUUGUCUACAACAUUGGCAUUAUUAUGCUGAUAUUAUCUGGUCCAAUUAGUGCGAUUGUACCUUGGUUCUGGUGCUUCCUAAUCUUUAGAUUCAUAAAUGGGAUAAGCCAUGCUGCUAUAUUGUAUCCUUCCUUUACUCUCCUUACCGAAACAGCCGGAGAAAAACACAGACAAUGGAUGGGUGUAGCCUACAACGCUGGAUAUCCUAUAGGAACAACAAUUAUGGCUUGCAUAGCAUACGUGCUAUACGAUUGGCGACACAAACAAUUGGCAUCAACAUUGCCAGCUUUAAUUUUGCUUCUUUUUAUGUGGCUAAUGCCAGAAUCACCGCGAUGGCUUUUAUCACAAAAUCGACUUAAGGAAGCCCAGAAGGUGAUCGAGAAAUAUUACCGACCUGUUAAUGAAACAGCUGAAAUAACUGAAAUCUACUCUUCAUCGAUUUUGCAAAAACCCAUAUUGCAAUCUCGACUGGAAGAAACGGAAAAUCCAAAAUCUAAUUCCACUAGUCAAGGACAUAGAUUAAAGGAAAAUAUAAAAGGGCUGGUUAUUGUUCUUUGUAACUAUGAAUUAUUAAAAAGAGUCAUGAUCACCAAUUUUGCAUGGCUUACAGCCUCCCUCACCUAUUAUGCUUUAGCGUUAAACGUCGACAAUUUCUCAGCUAAUCGUUACCUUUACAUUCUUGUGAUGGGUAUCACUGAAGUACCAGCUUAUUUGAUACCAACACCCAUUUUGAUAUUCGCGGGACGAAAACAAGCUUGUAGUGUUAUGUACUCAUUAACGGCAUUGCUUUUACUUAGUAUUCUUGCAAUAUCAGCUAAGGAAACUCUGGCUAUAAUAAUCGUUGCUCUAACAGCAAGAUUUAUAUUAUCUGCCGCCUAUAGUAUCAUGAUAUUAUAUACUUCGGAAUUGUUUCCUACGAUUACAAGAAAUUCAGCAGUAGGCAGCAGUUCAGCAAUGUCCCACAUUGGUAGCGUAGCAUCUCCCUACGUUGCUGAUUUAUUAGGCACCAUUGCUUGGUGGGCUCCAAGUACUUUAUGUGGUUUCUGCGCUCUUUUAUCUGGUUUACUUUCCAUGAUGCUACCGGAAACGCGUGGAAGACCAUUGGCCGACACAGUAGACGAAGAAAUCACGAAAGAACGUGGUGUCGUUGAAUUAAAAAAUUGUUUCACAUGUAAAAGCUAACGAAACGAUAAUUUAACUUGAUAAUCUCUUUUAGUUAAAAUAAUUAUUACCUACUACUACUAUUAUUAGAAUAAUUUGGAAGUCUUGAUAUAAAUCUUAUUUAAUAAAAUAAAAAAAAUAAA